AUGGACCUGCCGCCUGUUUUCCUGCUGUCAACGCACUUGCAGCCGGCAGAGCUGCACGAGCUCGAAGGCAAGAUUGGGUCGCUGACCUACGACAUCAACGAAGCUGAGGUUGUGGUGGGAAACAUCAGCCGGCGAGAGCGAGCUAUGUUUGAACUGAGGCGCGCCAAGCUGGAGACGGUGCCUCUUCAGAAGAUUGCUCACGAUGGCGAGCCUCACAGGCCUGCGGACAUGGAAGAUAUCGAUAACCCGCCUGAAUUGAAACGCAGAAAGCUCUCUGGAACGUCUGGUCAAAAUAGGAACAUUGUCAAGGUUGUCAAGUUGGCAUGGAUAAAAGACUCGCUCGAACAGGGUGAGGUGCUACCUGUUGACCCAUAUCUCCUCUACGAAGCCAGAAAACCUUCACCGGAUGCCGCUUCAAAACCUACCAAGACCUCUCCACCAAGCAACAUUCUAGAGAGAGCCGCCGGGGAUCAGCUCGAACAGUCAGCUAUGUCAAGUUCUCCACCCAGGACGCGACACAGAUCACGAUUAGAUACCCAUUCCAUGGCGUCACAUUCGCAGCCACCGCCCAGUCUUGCUCGCCAAACCACAUCGGAACAUGAUAUAUCUCUACCUUUAAUCCCCGACUUCCUGACGACGACGUAUUCAUGCCAGCGGCCGACGCCCAUCAACCCGCCCAACGAUGAAUUCGUCGAGGCCUUGAAACAAGUUCGGACGAUUCGCCUGUUGCAGGGCGACCAGGUCGGUGUAAGAGCCUACUCUACCUCUAUUGCAACUGUGGCUGCCUACCCAUAUCUGCUGAAGACGUCGCAAGAAGUCUCGCGGUUGCCGGGGUGCGGUGCUAAGAUUGCCGAGCUAUAUCAACAGUGGAAAGAGGCAGGCCAUAUUAGCGAGGCCCGGAAGGCCGAGUCCGAAGCCAUGGUCUCGGUGCUCCAGCUAUUCUACGACAUCUGGGGCGUAGGAGACGCUACAGCACGGGAGUUCUACCGGAAAGGGUGGCGGGACCUGGACGACCUUGUUGAGUAUGGAUGGAGCUCUCUUAGCCGUUCACAGCAGAUUGGCGUCAAGUACUACGACGAGCUUAAGCUCAAGAUUCCGCGGGACGAGGCCGAGUCUAUCGGGGCUACCGUUCUAGAUCACGCACGCCAGAUCGAUGCCGGGUUCGAAAUGGUCAUCGUGGGGGGAUUUCGACGGGGGAAGAAGGAGUGUGGUGAUGUGGAUGUCCUUCUAAGCCACCGGGACGACGACAUGACGGUUAAGGCGGUCGAUAAUAUAGUGAUGAGCCUUGAGAAGGCUCAGCUCAUCACACACACGCUCACUCUGUCGACUCGGAACAGUGAACGCGGACAGGCGCCGCUGCCCUGGAGAGGAGAGACAGGUAUCGGGUCAGGAUUUGACACGCUCGACAAGGCAAUGGUGGUGUGGCAAGACUCGAGGCGUGAAGAUGCACCGCACCGACGGGUAGACAUAAUUGUGAGCCCCUGGAAGACGGUGGGCUGCGCGGUGCUGGGAUGGAGCGGCGGCACAACGUUCCAAAGGGAUCUUCGGCGUUACUGCAAGAAGGAGAAGGGGUGGAAGUUUGACAGCAGCGGGAUCCGGAGCAGAGCAGACGGGGCGUGGGUGGAUCUGGAAGGCAGCUCCACCGGGAGUAAGGCGCCGGAUAUGGAGACUGCGGAGCGGAGGACGUUUGAAGGCCUUGGCCUGGCAUGGCGACGGCCCGAGGAGCGGUGCACAGGAUGA